AUGGGAUAAGUUUCAUCUUCUUUAGAUAAAUUAAGUCUUUAAAAUAGCAUUUUGAUACCUCUUUUGUGUGCUUAAGGGUAUAUUGGAUACAAGUUUUUGUAAUAAUACUUAAAUAGUAAGUAAGAUAAUGAAGAGCUUGCCUAAUUAACUUAGAAGCUUAGUCAAAAGACUUAAAAGUAAUCAAAGGAUACAGAAUUUGAUGAGAUAGCAAAAUUAGCUUAAAAUUCUUAAAAUAUUCCUAUCAUCAGUGAAAGAAAAUCACCCGAUGAAGAAGAGGCUGAAGUUUUCAAAGUUUGUGUCACAGGAGGACCAUGCGGUGGUAAGACAUCAGGUUUAGUUUAUGUGUAAGAAAAAAUGAAAGAAUUAGGGUACUUAGUUUUUGUUGUUCCAGAAGCUGCUACAACUAUUGCAAAUGGUGGUGGUAUGCUUGAUAUGUAGAACUAUAAUAUGGUUUAAGCCAUUCAAUUUUAAACUAAUCUUCUUAAGCUUUAGAUUCGUCUUGAAAACACAAUGACUCAGAUAGCUAAAUUGAGUAGGAAGAAAGCUAUUGUGUUAUGUGAUAGAGGUUUAAUGGAUGGGCAAGCUUAUGUUGAACCCAAGGAAUGGGCUGAGUUACUUAACAUCAACAAUUUAAAUGAAGUUCUUAUGAGAGAUGAUAGAUACGAUUUAGUUAUUCACCUUGUUACUGCUGCUUUAGGUGCAGAAAAAUUCUACAACCAAUAAAACUCAGCUCGUUUUGAAACUGCUGAAGAAGCUGCUAUUAUGGAUAAGAAAACUCAAGAUGCUUGGUUAGGUCACCCAAAUCAUGUUAUUGUUGACAAUAAUGUUAAGAGUUUCGAAGAAAAGCUAACAAAGAUGCUAAAUGCAGUAAAGCAAUGUGUUGGUAUUGAAUCUUCUACAACAAAAUACACUAGAAAGUUCUUAUUAAAGCCCAAUGAAAACAUUAGCCCUAAUAUUCCUAAGGAUUUGAAAUGUCAAAGAUUCUUUAUUGAAGAUGUUUUCCUUGAGAGUGGAGAAGAACAAGGAAACAAAAAAAGUUUUAGAAAACUUAGAAGAAGAGGUUAAAAUUAAAAUUAUGCUUAUAUCUUAAGUGCUAGUAAGGUUGAUAAGAUCUCAAAAGAUACACAAAGUAGUGAAAUUUAGUUCAAGAAAUUGUUGAGCUAUAGAGAAUAUACAUUUAUGCUUAGCAAGUCAGAUACAAAGAGAAAUAACCUUAUUACUUACAGAGAUGUCUUUUUAUAUCAAGGCAAUGUUUUUAUCUUAGACACUUACUUAAAUGUCAAAGAAGGUUUCAAUAUCUUAAAGGUCAUAUUAAAAAAUAAAAAUCAAAACGUUGAAAUUCCUCCUUUCCUUGAAGUAGUUAAAGAAAUUACUGAUGAUUUAGGUUAUAAAAGAUCCACUAUUUCUAAAAAAGAUUGGUACUUCUCCAAGGGAGAUGCUUCCCUUCUUAAAAAGAACUUUGCUUGA